AUGGCAUCCGACCCGCAGAGGAAGCAGCUGAGAGCAGCAGAUGCACUCUAUUCCAAACCAAACCCGUUCGAGCUGCGCCCGCUGCUUCACGACGUCCCGCUGUCAGCUGACGGCAAGAAUGAGGAUAUCAAGAUAAACUGCGUGGAUUACUUGGACGGUAACCUCUAUGUCGGCACCAGCGCCUCCGAACUCCUCCAUUUCUUCCGCAUCCCGCCUGAUCCCAGUGACCCGAGCGGCAGCGCAGCUUUUAUUCUUGCCUCUCGCCUACCCCCAUUGUACUCUGAGCCUGCCGGCGCCCCCAAUGGUUCACUGCCUGGUGUGCAGCAGAUCCUCUUGCUCCCGCGCGUCGGAAAGGCUUGCGUGCUGUGCAAUUGGACCGUCACUUUCUAUUCGCUGCCAGAGUUGAGUCCGGUAUUCGGUGCGACUCAGGUGCGAAACUGCAACUGGAUCGGCGGGGUGGACUUGAACGAGGGUGCUGGUGAUGCUAGGAAUGAGAGGUCGAAUGGCGUUACCAUCCUCCUGUCGCUGAAUCGCCGGAUACAGGUAGUCAGAAUAGGGGAAGAAGAUGCUCGCGUCGUCAGGAAAAUCGACUUCGCUGGGAGCACGCUUUCGGUACGCAGGGAUUCUAUCGCAUGCGUCGCCGAUUCAAAAAGUUAUGCUUUGCUGGAUGUUGAUCGCCAACUCAAGAUCCCGCUUAUGAGCAUCUCCUCCCUGGAAGACUCACAGUCGGGCGUCACUUUUGGACAGGCCCAGAAUAUCGGUGGCGCCCCAGACAAUGGGCUCUCUAGGAGUGCUUCCUCCUCCACGACGCGUGCGCCGGCCAACUCUUCGGGUCAUUCUAGGAGUACUAGCUUAGGCGGUUUUAUGACAGGCAUUCGGAGGAAUGACAGGAGGACAGGGGAGCCUGACGAACCUGUCUUUCACGACUCCGAUGCGCCGCCGCCGCCGCCGUCGCGCAGUCCCGCGCCAGCAGACAAGGCCUUGCCUCCUCCUCCGCCGGGGGAUUCCAGCGCACUUUUAGCCGCACAGGCUGCCGCUCCCCCAACCCGGACGGCGACGCCUCCAAUUCGGGCAACACCGUCGCCAAGACCCGGCUCCGUGUUUUUGAAGCCCCAUAUAGUAUCCCCUACUGCUGAAGAAUUCCUUCUUGUCACAGGAACCGGUCCUCUUGAUCCCGGAAUUGGUAUCUUUGUGAAUCUCGACGGAGAUCCGACGCGCCCUACGCUUGAUUUUGAUAGAUAUCCCCGCGAAAUUGCGGUGGAUGGAGGCGCGGAUUCGUCGUACUCAGGAGCAUCCCUUGGCGCCGAAGACGAGUGCUAUGUUUUCGCGUCGAUGACCAAAGAAUUUGAAGAUGGCUUGCAUCACGGCCUCGAAAUACAGCGCUCUGACGCGAACGCACGUGAAGGUGAGCCGGAGAAGUGGUGGCUUGAGGUCAGGGACAAUGACUCCAAGAAACCGAUGCCUAGUACUCCGAUAGGUAUUCGGUCGAUGCUUCAGAGCGAGGAGAUGUAUUUUGAGAGCAUCGUCAAGCGCCUCUGUCAAAGAAGGUUCUCGCCCUUUAGAGGACAUCCGGAAACCCCAACCAUGUCCCUGAAAAGCAACGACUCUCGCACUGCGCUUUCGUUACAGCGACUUUCUCAAGAGAAGGAGCUGUUUGACCGUGACCCCGAGUCCGAUGACGAGCCGUUACCCUCAGGAUGGGAGGCCACGAGGAAUCAAGAGGGAGAAGAUUUUGUGCGACGACUUGCGAAAACCUCAUCCCGCCUGGCUGUCUGGGCGGGAUGCAACAUAUGGUGGGCUGUACGGAACCCAUUGCUACUGCAGCUAGAUUCUGCCCUGGAGUUGGCGACCUCUCAGUAUGAGGAAAGGAACUCGACCAAGCUAGAGUCACGGCGGCAACUACUGUCUCUCCUCAACGAAAUCAAGCAUCGCGAAGCAAAAACAGAGCUCGAAUUCAUGACGCUAGCUUACAUAAGGCAGAAAGCAAGUGUUAUGCUCCUAGCGACCUUCUUAAGGUCGCUAGAGCCGCCCUUCACAGACCCAGAGACCAAAGAAAUGGAGGAACACCUGCUGGCCAGUGAUUUAGACGCUAGAGUGGUCCUCUCCCUAAUCCCAGCUCUUCGAAACGAAAUCGUUGUGAACCGAAGAGGGAUAUGGAUCUACGGCGGCAUAAAAGACGUGGUCGAGGAGUACAUUUCAGCCGAGCCAGAGAACCUAGUCAUCCAAGGGGUCGGCUCCCUAAAGCCUCAUACUCUCCAGUUCCUGAGGCGCUUUUUAACUGCCUGGAGAAAGAAGAAGGGGUUCGGCAGCAUAGCCAACGAGGUAUUUCGGACCGUAGACGCUUCCCUGCUGCUAGUUCUCCUCGAACUCGACCAAGAAACACCAGUGGGCCAGGCUGCCAAACCCAGCUCAGCCCGCAAGGAACUCUACGACCUAGUCGACCACGGAGUGGACUGUUUUGACAGGGCAGUAGAUCUGCUCGAGACCUACCGUCGGCUCUUUGUUCUCAGUCGGCUUUAUCAGCAUCGCAAAAUGGCCGCAGACGUGCUCGCAACAUGGAGACGUAUCAUCGAGGGCGAGGAAGACAGAGGUGGCGAGCUAGGUGACGGCGAGCAGCGCGUCAGAAGCUACCUGUCAAAUGUCAGCAACCAGGCCCUAGUGCAAGAAUACGGCGUCUGGCUUGCCGGGCGAAACCCCAAGCUCGGUGUUCAAGUAUUCACCGACGAAAAGGGAAGAGUCCCUAAAUUCGAACAUAGUCAGGUUGUCGCCCUGCUCCGCAAAGAGGCGCCAGACGCCGUCAAGUAUUACCUCGAGCACCUUGUUUUUGGCAAGGGAAACACGGGGUAUGUCAACGAGCUCAUUGCGUACUACCUCGACAUUGUCAUCAGUGACCUGCAGACGUCGCCUGCUUCUCGCGAGACGGUCGCCGCCUCGUAUGACGCUUACCGGGCCCUCAAGCCGCCCAAGCCAACCUACCUCAGCUUUCUAGCCGACAACGCGCCGGCCAACGACGAAAUCUGGCAGAGCCGUCUGCGCCUUCUCCAGCUUCUCAGCGGCGGGCACGACUACGACGUGGCUACCAUCCGCCGACGCAUCGACGAAUUACAAGCGGUUUCCCCGCCCCAACCAAACGGGCUGCGGCAUGAUCCCGUUGCCGACGGCUCCGGCGCGCGCGCCAUUCGCCAGCAGUUACUCGUCCCCGAGGCCAUCAUCCUCGACGGCCGUGCGCGACGGCAUGAGGACGCGCUCCGCCUGCUCGUGCAUCGUCUCGGCGACUAUGACACGGCCGUGAGCUACUGCCUGCGCGGGGCCGGCGCCGCCUUGACUCCGGCCGGCGCCCGCCGCAGGCGGGACAGCGACAGCAGCCUGCCGCCGACCUGGGAGGAGCAGACGCGCCUUUUUGGCGUGCUCCUAGGGGAAUUCCUGGUCCUGGAGGACCCGGACGAGCGCAUUGAGCAGACCGGGGCUCUGCUGGAACGGUUUGGCGGCUGGUUUGACGUGCUGCAGGUGCUGAGCCUCAUCCCGGAUGACUGGCCCGUUGAGGUUGCUGCGGGGUUCCUGGCCGCUGCGCUGAGGAGGCUGGUAUGUGAAGGCCGCGAGGCAAUGGUUGCCAGAUCAUUGAGCGGGGCCGAGAACUUGAAGGUGGGCUACGAUUUUGUGGUGAAAAUGGAGGAGAAGGGUUCGUUGGUGGAU